GUGCGCUGUAAAGCUAGGGUGUCACCGCUGCUCGUGCGCGACCGCGUACAAAUUCGUCCAAGUUGUAGCCGUCGAGAAGCUGCGUGAGGUGAACUUAAGAGAACUGCUUUCGCUAGUGCGUAUUGAAUAAUUUACGUCGGCCGAAAAGUCAGCGGGAGGGGAGCGAGAGGAAGAAGAGUCGGAUAGAAAUAAAAAAAAAAAAAAAAAAAAAAAAAAAAAAAGCUCAGUGUGCUCUGUGGGGAGGGGGGAGGUGUCCGGACGAAACACCUUCCCUUUAAAUAUUAAGUGGGACACGCAGCGAGGGGGGCGAAAAGGAGAAACUGAAAAAAGAAGAAAGAAAGAGGGAGGGCGAGAUAAAGGGGGAGAAAGAAAAGAAAGAUGACACUUGUAUCGUUGAGCACCCAAGGUGGAAGGACGUGUUGCCGCUGGGUGGAAGCCCUUUAGCGGAGCCAGGACCGCACGCAACUCCGAGGCUUCGAUGAACACCCGCUCUGGCCUAUAGGAAAAAAAAAAAUAUCUGAAAGCCAAGGAGGCAGAAAUAAAUAGUUAUUAGUUAAAUGCACUGAUUUUAAAUAUUACGAUUUCUUAUAAUAGGCACUCAGAAGACUUUAUGGAGUCACAUCUUUGCAUGGUUUGGAAAGUAGCAGUUAGUGUUGUGAUUGCGGUGCACAGCAGCGAAGGGUCCCGCACUUGAAAGGCGCGCGCGCUGUGUUCGCUUAACGCCUCAGAGUCACCUCGGAUCACUCCUACACUGGCUUUUGGCAUAUAAGUGUCAUAUAGUGAUAUAAUUGCGUUUUAAAAAACCAUUUUACCUACUAGUUUUCUUUCCACAAUCAAAAAAUGUCAGCUUCGCCCAGCAGGAAUUGUUUUUUUUUGCCAAUUAGUGCUUAGCAUAGUACCUAAGCUCAUUUGUAAACGAGUGUCUUCCGCCUAAAGUAAAUGACACGCCAUUGCGUUUUUUUAUGGAUAAUUUCGAUAACUAAGGCACGCAGAAAUAGCAGUUUUAAAAUACACAGUUCUCUCCCCCUCCCUCGUUAAAAUAACUUCGUCGCUGAGGUGCAAAAUGGAUGCAACUUGGAGCAAUUUUCUUUUUCAGACUACGCCAACCCAAAGUCAAGUUGAAGCAACUCUCCAAUCCGAUCUCCUCCCUGGUCUUACAGGCUCUACCCACAAUCCCCCAGCAGAGCACAUAGGCUCACCUCCUUCCACUGUUGACACUGCAGCUCUCAGCGAAGAACCUUUACCUGUGAAACCAGUGUCUCGGCCUGUUCGAGCUGCCCACAUCUGUCCCUUGUGCAACAAGCAGUUCAAGAACAGCUACAACUUGCGUCGCCACCAGUCUGUUCACACAGGGAUUCGCAUGAAGGCCCGGGCAGCCCGUGAGGUGGCCGAAGGGGUCAAAGACGAAGGAACAGUGGCAGCGGCAGUCAUUGGAGGGAGAGUGGAGAGACAGACAGUUCCCCUUUCCUUGCUCCAUCUCUCUGUUCCUCUCCCCUCACCUGCUGUGUCAGUUCCUCAUCCUCCUGCUCUUGGCAGCCAAGAUGGUGAAGCGAUUGCCAUGUCACUUAGUGCUGCAAAUGUUGCCAUGGCAUCGCCCCCACCUCCUGCUGUUGUGGUGGCUGGAGCGACAUUACAGCAUUCUUCCAAUCCCAGCCAAAACCCAGUGCGCAAAAACCACGCCUGUGAGGCUUGUGGGAAGGCCUUUCGGGAUGUUUAUCACUUAAAUCGACAUCGCCUGUCCCACUCAGACGAGAAGCCCUAUUCUUGUCCCAUCUGCCAGCAGCGUUUCAAGAGGAAGGACCGAAUGAGCUACCAUGUGCGCUCUCACCAGGGCGGGGUGGAAAAACCCUACGUGUGCCCCCACUGUGCCAAAGGCUUCUCACGGCCUGAUCAUCUUAACAGUCAUGUUAGGCAGGUUCACUCUACAGAGAGACCCUUCAAAUGUGAGACAUGUGAAUCUGCUUUUGCCACACGGGAUCGCUUGCGCGCUCACAUGAUCCGGCACGAGGAGAAGGUGCCGUGUCACAUUUGUGGCAAGUUGCUGUCUGCAGCUUACAUCACAGAUCAUAUGAGGGUUCACAACCAGUCGCAGCAUCACUCUUGUCACCUGUGCAAUCGCAGCUUCACAACUCUCACCUAUUUGCGGGUACAUGCGCAGAAGCAUCACGGCCAGGAGUGGAAGGAGAGCGCAGGCCAGAGGGGUGGCUUUGGGGGAACGGGACCUGGCGGUGUCCUUGUGUGUCAGCUGUGCGGGGUACACUGCAAAACCCCCACUCAACUCCAAGGCCAUAUGGGCACCCACACGAGCCCUCAGAACAGCUCCAGUCCUGUCCACAGCACAGCGGCGUCCAGUAGCACCGUCUCCUUGGGAAAUGUGGUCUCUGGCUCUAGUGUGUUCGUCAGCGCAAACGCUGGCGUGGGUCUGCUGGUUUCAGACUGCUCCGGCAUAGCCCCCCAGUCCCACAGUUAGCGGGGGACCUGGGGGUGGCAUACAGAGAGCCACGUGAAGAAGGAGAGCGUCAGCACGAAAGCAGUGUGCUGUGGUCCUUUGACUCAAAUGCUCCUGAAUGCGAACGUGAACAGACAGUGCGGUCGACUCGGACACUUGCGUCACUCUGCCCCCACGUCUACUACAGCCAACUUCGUGAUGAGGAAGAGAGCGGGCCCUCCUGGGGCUGCGGGAGAGAAGGCGAGCGACGAAGUCUAUGCUGCCGGGGCCGAGAACAUGUCACUAAUGUGUGUGAGUGACUGAGGAGGAGGAGCUAACACUGCUCUUUGUGCUGAAUGAGACUGAGUAUUAGGAUGUUGUGUGUCAGAGUGCGACUUGUUCUCUCUGGAGAGGUAUCGUCAUAAUUGCGUCUUCAGCCAAACGCAGCUUCGCUGACAGUGAAAUAAUGUUACCCGUUAGGGGUUGCACAGACUAGUCGACUAGUUGAUUUGUCGACUUUACUGCUCUGCGAUGAUGCUUUAAGAUUGAUGUUGACUAGUCGCUGAUCAUGUGGUUAUGACACUAACAUGGAUGCCUCCAAGAAGACAACAGGUGAGGAGCCUGGUGGGUCAUUGCAACAAACCAGCUGCAGUUCAUGGAAUGUGUAGAAAUACUUCACUAAAGAGGAAGCCUGUGCUACUGUCACUUGCAAAAUAUGCAAGUCCGUCCUGAAGUACAACAAAAGUAUAAGUGAAAUGCACACUCAUCUGAAAGAAAAGGCAUCCGCCACCUAGCAAAGAAACUAUCCAAAUCUGUCCGUAUACAUUGCGUUCGUUUGUGUUUUUAUUCAAAAUUGAAAAACAAAAUGCGAAUUACGAU